CAAUCAGCGAUGUUGCGUUUGUGACAGGUCUUCGGAAAAUAGUGGUGUUUACGUGUACUUUAAAAGUGUAGUAAAGAACGCAAGAAUUACAGCUUUUCGCAAGGUCCACAACGCACCCCUUUUGCCGUCCCCCGCAUCCACCCCUCCCAUUUUGGUAAACAGUCGUACGUGGGUGCCGCGCACUGGUCGGACCAGUUUGAUGGGAGCAAACUUUGGCACCGGAAGAGUCGACGGAACGAAAACGAAUGAAACACGGUGCACUGGGCGGAGAGGUGAAGAAGUUUUCUCGCGGACGAGCUUCGGCUUACAACAGGUGCUGGUGCAGCGGUGGUAAAAGCGUUCCUCCGUUCCCCGUUCGUGGGUGCCUGCCGGGAAGCUUCGCGCGACGACUGCGUUCCACCGGAAGGUCCGGAGGUCCCCGAGGUAGACACGAUUAACAUAUUCUUCGAAACCAUCAGCCAGCUGGCUGAAAACUGCGUCAAGAUGCGUACGCUCGGGCUGUCCGUGUUCAGCAUGCUGCUGACCGGGCUGGUGAUUGGCAACGCGUACUAUCAGAAGAAACAGUUCUACCCGUCCGUCGUGUACAUCACCAAGUCGAACCCGAGCAUGGCCGUCAUCUACAUUCAGUCGCUCGUGCUGGUGCUGAUGUUGGGCAAGCUGAUGAAGAAAAUCUUUCUCGGCACGCUACGAGCGGCCGAGUUCGAGCAUCUGAUGGAGCGAUUCUGGUACGCGCUGACCGAAACCUGUCUAGCGUUUACCGUCUUUCGGGACGACUUUAAUCCCAAAUUUGUGGCACUGUUUACCGUGCUGCUGUUUCUAAAGUCCUUCCAUUGGCUGGCAGAGGAUCGUGUCGAUUAUAUGGAGCGCAGUCCCGUGAUUGGAUGGUUGUUCCACGUCCGCGUGGCCGGACUGCUGCUCUGUUUGGGGCUGUUCGAUUACGAGCUCAUUUCGUACGCAUACCAGUCGACCAUCGCGAAAGGCGUCACGGUGCAGCUCGUGUUUGGGUUCGAGUAUGCGAUCCUAAUGACGAUGGUCAUUAACACGGCCAUUAAGUACAUCUUCCACGCAGCCGAGCUGCGCUCAGACACGCCGUGGGAGAACAAGGCCGUAUUUCUGCUGUACACCGAGCUGAUCAUUGGCUUUACGCGCGUCGUACUGUACGUGGUGUUUGUUAUUUUGAUGGUUAAAAUAUUCACCCUGCCCAUGUUUGCCUUCCGCCCGAUGUACUACACGAUGCGAAACUUCAAGAAGGCGCUUAACGACGUAAUUCUUUCGCGGCGUGCUAUCCGUAACAUGAACACGCUCUACCCGGACGCAACGCCCGAGGAGCUACAGAUGUCGGACAACAUCUGCAUCAUCUGCCGCGAGGACAUGGUGAGCAACUCGAAGAAGCUGCCCUGCGGUCACAUAUUCCACACCGCCUGUCUGCGCUCCUGGUUCCAACGGCAGCAAACCUGCCCCACCUGCCGGUUAAACAUUCUACGCACCCCGAUUACGGCCGCCACUGCAGCCGUGAAUCCAGCGCCAAACAACAACGCGAACGAUGCCAACAAUGGUGCCGGUGGGGCCACUGGUAACGAUGCCAGCAGGCCAACGGUCGUUCCCGGAAGUGUGGCCGGUACUGCCGGUGUUGCUGGUGGCGUUGGAGCGGUUGCCGCUGGAGCUACAUUGCCGAACGGUCUGACGGCGACGGGCACGAACGCAAUGCCCCUGUUUCCGCCCGCACCCAUGGUUCUUCCACCGUUCCCGUUCGUGGGCAUGCCGUCGUACACGAUGCCUUUGCCGCCGGUACCGCCAUCGCUGGACACACUGUCCGACGAGGAGGUGCGCGCAAUGGAGGGCAGCGAGCGGCGCCAUGUGGAAGAGCGCAUCAAGCAUCUGCAAAACAUACGCACCCUGCUCGAUGCAUCCGUUGCGCUGAUGAACCAGUACGCGGCCAUAACGGCCCGGUUGCCGCCGGAAGCGGUGGCCCAUCUGCAACAGCAGCCGCCAGCUCAAAUGCCACCAAUUCUACCAUUGGUCAAUCCGGCCGCUACGAAACCCACCGGCACGGGUGAAACUGAUGCGGCCGGAGCAGCUACAGCAGCUGCGAGUACGAGCGGUACCAGUAAUGCAUCAAUCACAGCAACCGUUGCUCCAGAGAGCAGCGGCAGCGGUAGCAGCAGUAAUAAGCCAAGCAGCAGUAGUAAGGUUAGUGAUAGUGAUAGCAGUAGAGUAAGUGGCGGCAGCGGUACCUCCGGCAAGGCCGCCGAUUCCAGCACGGCACUGAGUCAACCGAAGCUGGAAGAUCUCGGCCCGAUCAGCAGCGACGAGGAGGAUUUCGCGGUGAAGCUGAAAAAGGAACCGCUGCCUAGCAACAGUAAGGCUUUUCUCAUCACACCCGAUCAGCUGGACGAGAUUGCGGCGGGCGACAACAGUGCGUCCCCCGGUUCGUCCAAAUCAUCGUCGGAGGUCAACGGAGGCGAGGGCACACUGAAACGACCGGAAAGUGCGGCCAUGAACGAGUUACGCCGGCGACGGUUAGAAAAGUUUGCCACCACAAGCACAACGGAACCGGCGGCCAGUCAGCAGCAGCAGCAGCAGCAGUAGAAACACUAGAUCGAUUCUGCAGGUGAGUAGUACAGUGUAGUAUCUUCUCUACAUUCUGUUUUGCGGGGAGAUAUUCAACCAACCGAACCGGCUGGAUCGUCUUCCAAUGCCAGCACGAUAACGAGACAUGGACGCAAUGCAAAUAGGGCGGACAGAGUCGCGGAACAGACAACCCACGGAAGGCAAUACAAAACAUGCGAUGUAAGGACCACAUUCACCAGCACACAUACACACACACAUACGCUCACAUUGAUGCAGUACGCUUGCAGUUUCGAGCUAAUUAGCGCGCGCCCCGUGUUCGGUUGCUUUCCAUUAGAGUCCAGAGAGAUAGACAUGAGUCAAAGUAUAUGUCCCUGUCCUAUUUACAGUCUUUCCUCCGCAUGCCUGGUGCACGGAGCCUAGGCAGGAUAUUCGACUUUUUAACCAUAAUAAAUGUAUGCAUUCUUAUUCCUCCCGUAAGCUUAGCUGCGAUCGCUUAGCCUAUUACACUCCCUAUUGCUUUUGUCAGUUACUUUCCAUUGUUUAUUAAGUUACAUUGUGUGCAAGUGUGGUGUUGUUUUAACGUGUCUUUAAAAACUGCUGCAUUUUGUUAAACGUUGCUUCCGUUUGGUGUUAGACUUGCCGCGCAGCCAAACAGUUUUCGUAAUAGGAUGGUAGUUUUGUUUUUGUUUUGUUUUGUUUUUUUUUAUUUGCAUUCCCGCUCCCUUUCCCUCGCUAGGACCUUCUACCGAAAGACCAAAUAAAAGUCGAAUGCGUAUUGUAAUUGAAGAAAAAAAGAUUAUGGGAAUCUGGUUGUGUGGUGUGCAGGUGGAACGCGCCCCGAUGCACACGGAGUGGUGGAUAUUUUUCUUGUAUUUUUUCCCAUUUUCGGUGCAAUGGUCACACGCACACAUACACACACACACACACGCAGUCACAUAAUCAGAACUGUUCGGACAUGUAAGGAGGGUAAGUUCAA